AUGUCUGUUCAGUCCAAACUCUUCGAGACCAUCCGCGUCGGUAAAUGCGAUCUCAAGCAUCGCGUGGUCAUGGCUCCCCUUACUCGCUUGAGACAUAGCGCGACCCACGUCCCUGGGCCCGGCGCCGCAGAAUACUACGCUCAGCGGGCCAGCACCCCAGGAACGCUCGUCGUUACAGAGUCAACAGUGAUUGCUCCCCAGGCCGGCGGAUUUGAGUAUGGCCUAAACACCCCAGGCAUCUGGUCCGACGAGCAGAUCUCCGAGUGGAAAAAGGUUGUCGAAGCCGUACAUGCGAAAGGAUCGUUCAUCUUUGUUCAGCUCUGGGCUAUGGGACGCGCCGCUAGCCCUUCCAUACUAGCUCUCGACGGUCCUGAGCUUCCUUACGUUGGGGCCAGCGACAUUCCCCUCCGUGGACGCGACCAUGAACCUCCCGCCGCACUCACCAUUCCAGAAAUCAAAGAGUAUGCUCAGUUGCAUGCCACGGCCGCCAUCAACGCUGUUCACAAGGCUGGUUUCGAUGGGGUGGAAAUUAACUGCGCCAUGGGAUUCCUUUUGGAUCAGUUCUUGCAGGACGUGUCGAACAACCGGACUGAUGAAUAUGGCGGAUCGAUUGAGAACAGGAUCAGGUUUCCGCUUGAGAUGAUCGGGGCUGUUGUUGACGCGGUCGGUGCAGACAGGGUGGGGUUGAAGCUCAGUCCAUGGAAUUCUUUCCAGGAUAUGCGCAUGGCCGAUCCAGUUCCGACAUUCAGUGCCUUGGUCACUCGUAUUCGUGAUGUACAUCCUGAAUUCGCCUACAUCAACGUCAAGGAAGCUCGCAUCGAGGGAACCUCCGAGAGGCCUACUACGGCUGAAGAAAAUAACGAGUUCCUCAGGAAGAUAUGGGGUGCGAGACCGUAUCUUGCAUCCGGAGGAUACAACAGGGAGGAUGCCAUCAAAACCGCUGAUGAGAAAGGCGGACUUAUCGUGUUUGGGAGGUGGUUCAUUUCAAAUCCCGAUCUUCCCGUUCGGUUGAAGAAGAAUAUUCCCCUCAGCCCCUACGACCCCAAUACAUUUUACACGCCUGAUAAUGUCAAAGGGUAUACGGACUAUCCCUUCUCAGGAGAAGAUUGGUAA